AAAAGAAACGAGAAGCGAUAUUCACUCUACUUUUGAAAUUCAUACCUUCGCUGUCAUGUUAUUGCCUCACGGUACCCAUGACGGAAUACCAGUGGCAUUUAUUAUUAGGUUGGUCUGGCGAGAUCAGUGAUCUCAGUUGGAAGGAACACUGUAGUAUCGACUAUAAUCCCGAAGCAUUCCUACCAUUUACACCACCGACGAAGAAGGCGGCUCAAGCCGAAUGGACUGAAUUCGAAGCUCAUUUUGUCAUUUCCAACGAAAUCUUUUACAAGCAGGUAAAACAAUCGUGCAUUGAUCGUGGACUUGACCAAGGAUAUGAUCUCGUUUGACAAAGACGAUGUAUUGUCUUUAAAAGAAGGAACGAAAAAUGCCAUUCGUGGCUUAAUGGAUGCUGCACCUUUAUCCAGUACGAUGAUUUGGAUCAUUGACGAAGAAUUAUUAUAUGGCACCAAAUUAAAUUUGAUCAAGGACCGGGAAAAGAAAGAAACACUUUUGACCAAGUACCGUAAGGAAUUUCAAUGUGAGGUCCAAACCAUGGCAACCAUUAUGCCUGUUUAUUGUUAUAAAAUGAAACAGACAUCCCUAUCCAACUCUCUUGCACAGAUUAAACAUCGACAUCAUAUCAGUUACUCCAAAUCACUUUUUAUCACGGAUAACUCGUCAUUGACCGAGCAAGAUCUUUUCGAUAUUAAAAUUGUACACCUGUACGCUUAUGGCAAAAUGAAUGAAUCCAAAUGGGCCUCUAUCUUUUUACCUCAUCUUGAAAAAUUGGAAACGCGUGAAUAUGAUGAAAUGGAUUACAUUUCUCCCGAUCUACUAAAUGUAGAACGGACCCAAGCAGAAUAUAAAAUCCCCAUGCUAUCACUUGACAAUGAAGGUCCUCUUACACGAUCCGAAUUCAUUGGUCGUCAUGGCACGUUCCAUUCUGUCUCCGCUCAGUCAUGCAAAGUAUUGGAUAAAUGGGCUCAGUGUAUGAUGGAGACCAAACCAAUCCAAAGAAAAAUCGAAUCUACUGUAGCUGGGGAUUCUAUUUUAAAUAUACUGGAAAGGGUACAGAAAUCACAAACGGUAGAACGCAUUCAACAGUAUAUCGAUGAUGAGGACACCUACAAGGAGGGCCAAGCGUUACUAGAGAUAAUCUCUGAGACGGUGUAUGAUUUAGAUACAGAUAUCGUGAUACUAAACGGUACCUUUGAUUCUAUGCGCACCACACUUGUCUUAUCAUCGGAAGGCUCUGUUCAAAGGGAGAUCUGUGAUACUUGCUCUGCUUCUAAAUGUCAACAUUGUGCAGCCAUUUUACUAUGUUUUCAAAGAUACCCGGAUCGAUUCAAGUUGGGAUUGCCGGAUUCGGUGAUUGCUUCUCUCAGUAGUUCACAGACUUCCAGCGGUAGUCAGAAACCUGUAAUGAAUAAAGAGGAAGCGGAGUGUAGGAAAGCAUCCCGAGAAGCAUCACCUGCAGAACGCGGGUCCCAAGAAGUAGUGUCUCCACAGCUUGCAUCUCCGCGUUCAACAUCUUCAUCACAACAAAGUGAAGGUAAAAGAACAAGGCUAUCUCAAGAAACUAAUGAAGAUGAACCUAAUAAGAAAAAUAAGUCAUCCCAAGAAGAUGAUUUUACUGAAGAGGCUGGAAAGGUAGCCAGUGCAGAGGCAAGUGGCAAUAGUGGUGGACAACAAACAAAAUAUACACUUCCGUCGCUCCCAUCUGUCCCAAGUCAAGGUAGCUCCUCUGGUAGUAGAUCGAUUUCCUCUCUUCUACUCAGUAGUCUUUCUUCUCAAGCCGCAAGCUCUUCUUCCUCUUCUGCUCAAAGUAAAAUAUCGACCUUGUCUCUCCUUUCCUUACCUCCCACACCUUCCCAACCCACUAGUGAUGUAUCUUCAGACAACCAAUCAACUCAAGCAUCCUCUCCUGGACAAUCAUGGCAUGUUGUACGUCCCCCCGAGCGCUACACGAGUAACUUGUCCUCUUUAGGUCAUGUUUCUACACAACAAUCAAGCGGUUCCAAUCAUACAAUUAGUAGUAAUAGUGAAGGGAGACGCGACUCUGUUGCGGAUGCAUCCUCACCGGGGAUCCGUUUUCCUGAUACAGUGGAAACGACACAGGAUGAAUGGGCACCUAGGAUACAUUUCCCUGAUUCGCUUAGUAUCCCGGCUAGGAUAGACGAGGAAGAAGUACCUGUGCCUCACAUUGCACCGCCACGUAAUCGGUAUAAUUUACGAAGCACGACACGUGAUGAAGCAGAGGUCGAUAUCAAUAAUGCGGCUACGCAACAGUACGAUUCCACGCAACAGUAUGAUGCCACGCAACAGUAUGAUGCCACGCAACAGUAUGAUCCUACACAACAGUACGAUCCUACACAACAGUAUGAUGCUACACAACAGUACGAUGCUACACAACAAUACACUCCUACACAACGGUAUGCGACACAACAAGACACUCAAGAAAGAAAGACGGUGAUGCUCGAUUUAUCUGAUAGUGAAGAGGAAGACAGAUAAAAAAAAACAGGAAGUUAUAAUGUAUGAAAAUAAUAAAUAAAAUAAAUAAAUAAAAAAAAGGAAAUUUUUUUUUUUUUUAAUAACGAGUUGAAAUGGUGGAAACGAUACGAGAGACUUGAUGUUUUAACUUUUCUUUAUCAUACA